GAUACACCCACAAAAUUUAUUUAAACCCUUGCAUGCAUGGCUGCCAUCAAAGCAGUAAUUAGCCCCUUUCUUUCUCUGUGUCUGUGUGUGUUUGCGAGAUGAUGAAGGCUCCAAUGCGCCUAUUCUCCUCAGUUUUCCUCCUCCUCUUGCUGCUUGUGGCCACUGAGAUGGGGCCAGUAAUGGUGGCUGAGGCAAGGAAAUGCGAGUCACAGAGCCAUCGAUUUAAGGGUAUGUGCACGAGGCACAGCAACUGCGCUGCCAUCUGCCAAACUGAAGGCUUCCAUGCAGGACACUGCCGAGGGCUACGCCGUCGCUGCUUCUGUACUAAGCAUUGUUAGUUUCUUUCAAUAUCUAUGACAGUGAGAGGAAUUAAGUCAUAGGUUAUUCUCUUCACUGAGGUUCUUUGUGUGUCGGAAUAAUUAAGAUUAUGGUUCCAGUUGGUUGCGUUUGUUUUAUGUGAUCCUUGAAAGAUUACGUGUUAACCUUGUUUUGGCUUCAUGUCUCUAUUUUCUUAAUAAGAUUGUGAUUUUGUUUCCCUA